AUGAAUUUGAACCGAUCUACAUAUCUUUCAUUUCGUAAUGAAUUAUUUCGUUGUAUCGAUCAACAAAAACGUGAUCUAUUCGAAGAACAACAACUACAAAAGAAUCAUCAAUUAAUUCAAUUACAUUAUCUUUUCGAUUGGGGUUCAAGAUGUCAAUUCAAUAAAAAGUUUUAUCAAUAUUGGUCUACAAUUCUCGAGCAAGAUCCAGAAUUUAAAAAAUAUAGAUUAAAAAUCAAACUUAAUACUAAACAUUGUUAUUCAUCGAAUACUCUCUUGGCUCGAUCGAAUAAUACAUAUCUAUGA